AUGGCCAAGAAGGUCCAAUCUCCCCUAGCAACAUUGAUACCGUUCAUUUCAGCCGAGGAGGCUGCUAUGAUGGCGUACCCGCCCGAUGCCAUGCCGGGUGCUCGCGACGUAGACACAUUUUAUGGCUCUAUGCGAGUCUAUGAGUGGGGUCCAGUGGACGGAGAGAAGAUCUUGUUUGUUCAUGGAGAUGCCACUCCUUCCUUGGUCUUUUCCAAGAUUGCCCAAGGCCUCGUGGAUGCUGGAUACCGAGUGAUGCUUUUCGAUCUCUGGGGUCGAGGAUACAGCGAUACGCCACUCGAUUGUCGGCAUGACGUUCGUCUAUUUGCGUCCCAGAUUGUUUUGGCACUCACGUCCUCGCCACUCUCUUGGAUGGGAAACGGCACGAAGUUCUCAAUCAUCGCGUUUUCUCUGGGCGCCCCCAUCUCAUUCGCAUUUGCCGCUGCUUACCCCUCAGCAAUUCAAUCCUUCGUGCUUCUCGGUCCGGCAGGUCUUCUCCGCAAGCUGCCGGAUGGCUAUGAUGACCAACUCAUGCAUCAGCCCGAGCUGGCCCCAUCACCUGAAGCUCUUCGUGAGAAAGUCCGAGAAAUCCUGGAAGUGGAUCCUUCUGGCCCAGCUCUAGACGUUCGGCUGAAUAAGAGGCGAGUGGUGCCAGUGGGGUCAGGCCCUUCCCGGAUGGGAAAGAGUUUCGACAUGGGAGGAGUUCUUCAGUGGCAGUUCGAUCAUCAUCAAGGUCAUGUUCAUUCGUUCCAGGAUACCGUUCGUUACGGCCCGCUGCAGACCAGAGACGAGUGGAGCAAGGUUUGCGACAUAAUUGCGGGCCGCGCACGACCGGAUACUAUCCUACAUAAUUCCAAGCUGCUCGUCUUCUUCGGCAAAGAUGAUGGCGUUGUCGUGGGAGGGGAGACGACUGAGGAUAUCCUGAAGUUGCUACCUGCCAGCCACUUGCAGACUGAAUACCUACCAGGAGGACACGGGUUCCCAUACCCCAACAGUGACACGAUUACUCGAACAAUUCUCGACUCAUGGAAGUCUGGGCUCGCUGUAAACUAG